AACAAGAACAACACACACAAAAAGCAGAACAUUAUCCAAAAUUAUGGACAGAGCAGAGGCAGAGCAAGAAGAAGAGUUUAGUGAUUGGGUUGUUCUACAAACCUCGCCAAGAUCUCCACCAGUUGACGCAUCUACCCCUCCGAACUCAUCUAUAUUACAACUAAGCCAUCUACGUGAUAAUCCAACGGACGACGACGACGAGGAUGAUGAUGAAGAUUCUGUUGUCUCCGACGUCGGAGAAGAAGAAGAAAGUGAAUCCUCCUCCGCCGUGAACCUUUCGCUUCCGUGGCGCGUGAUCGAGACUGCCAAGAACCGAUUGAUCAAGGUCGUGGAGAGGGUUCGUUGUAAUUACGUGACUCGUAGAAGGGUAUGUUGGUCAUUAACGCUCAUUGGAGGCUUCUCGUUGGUCUUGAGCCUUGUUUAUGUGAAGCUAGUGAGAUGGUGGAGACGACUAAAUGAAGAGAAGCUGAGAGUUCUGCUUCUUCUCCUUAGAGAGAAAGAUCAGAAAAUAAAGGAGCUUAUGGUUGAAAUUGGGAGAUUGAACGAGAUGUUAUCGUCACGACGCAGAGUUCGAGUGGUUCGAAUCAUGUGACGCGAGACGAAUAUAUAUGUAUGGUUUAGAAUAGCUUUCAUUAUUUGUUGUGUGAUUGUUAUACUUAUACUUAUACUUAUACAUACAUAGUUUAUUACUUUAUUCACGUGUAUGCAAGAAGAUAUACAAAAAUCAGAGAAAAAUAG